CCGGACAACGCCAAGGCAGGGAUGGGCCGAAAUGGAAAUAGGCGGAUUAGUCAUGGGGUGGACCAAGGCGGCUGUCGGAGUUUUUCGGAGUUUGAAAACUACCCGGCAGAGGUUCGUGCUGCCCAUUGUUGACAACAGCGCGAUACAGCGACAGUAGGACGACCAGCACGAGCGAGAGAACUGCUAGGCCGAAAGGAGAGACACGGAGGCAAAGUCAAAAAGAGUCUGAAUAAGCGGGAUUGGGUAUAUAAGGCAUGAGUAGGAUGCCAUCCCCUCCUGCAGAGCCGCCGACACCACAGCCGACCAAGGAGGCCCCGAAAAAAGGUCGGCAGAAACGCUCGACCCAGCCGACGCCGGCACCUCCCCCGCCGCAACAACCUCAUUAUCCGACACCCUUCAUCAUGAACCCGGCGUCCUAUCCUUCUUCCUAUCCUCAAUAUCACACCUCCCCGCCCCCCAAUGCCUAUCCUUACCAUAUGCCCCCAUAUCCUUACCAAUAUGGCCAAUAUCCACAGCCAGUCGUCGGCCAGCAUCCCGUUCAGCCAGUCGUGAUGUACCAACAGCCGCCGCCGCCGCCCCAGUCGGCAGAUCAGCCGUCUGCCUCCUCGUCUGGCAAGCGCAAGCGCAAACCGGAGCGUGGCGGAAAGGAUGAUGACACCGACGAUGACGCUGCACGCCCCACCUCGACUGUAGAUAUGAAAAAACGCACCAAAACUGCCCGUGCUUGCGAUUCUUGCAGGAGUCGCAAAAUUCGUUGCGAUGUCCUCGCCGAUAGCGAGCCCGUCAUCUGUCAGCACUGCAAACAGUACGGGUUCGAGUGCACCUUCUUUUUACCUAUCACCGAGACGCGUUUCAAGAAGAAAAAACUCGCCGAUGACGAGCAUCAGGACAAGGACAAGGCCGGCGCGUCUGCGGGCAAAGACCUUGCUGUCUUCGCUACCGUGCCUCCAAGAUCAUACGAAUCAUACGAUCUUCGUUACCAGCACACCUUCGAAAUCAGUGAAUCAGGCGACAGGAUUAUCGUUCAGCAUAAGCCCCCCGCCCUCGACCCUCGGGGCGGGUCCCUCCCGGGCAAAGACACUCAUAUUGAGCCAGACCUUAUCCAGCAACUUGUCAACGCGUAUUUCGAAUAUGUGGCACCGCUACUGCCCGUAGUGACAAAGAAAGAGUUCCUUGCUUCUUCACCGCCACCGCCGAUCCUCCUCUAUUCCAUGUGCCUCGUCGCUGCUGCGAGGAGAGAGGUUCCCCAAGGUGUUUUCGAUUCGAUUCGAUACACCGUCAAUGCUCUAAUUAGAGCCGAUGAUGUUCUCUCCACCGCUUCAAUCAUCAACGUCCAGAGUCUGCUCAUUUUGUGCAUGACUGGUGACUGUCAUUCACAGUUUGUACCUAAUGCUCUCUCGGCAUUGUGGGUUCGUCUGGGAAGCGCGAUACGUAUGGCCCAAGACCUCGGAUUACAUCGCGCGGAGACCGUUAUGCAAGACAUCGAACUGCGACGCAGACUCUGGGGUGCAUGCGUGAUCAGUGAUAGAUGGCUGUCUCUAACCUAUGGACACCCGCAUAUGAUUGAUGUCCAAGAUUGCGACGCACGAUUACCGAGCGGUGGUUCCGUGGGUGAUAUGUAUAUGGAUGAACUCGUUCGACUCAGCGUUGUACUUGGACGAGUCCUCAAGACCAUAUACACCCCGAGUGGAUUGACUUUCACAACUGAUGAGAUGCUCGAGAAACUCUUGGCUGAUAUCGAGGCGUGGAAAGCAAAUCUUCCCGAAAGUUUGAGAUUCAGGGGAGAAUCAAGCUCGUUAACAUCUGGUAUCCUUCACCUUCUAUACACAUGUGUCUGCAUGAUUUUCUGGCGAGUCUUUAUGCGGAUCUCGUAUUCUUGUCCGUCACAUCUCAAGUUCGGGUUGACUGUCGAGCAAUGGAGUGCCCUUGUUACACUCACCGGAGAGUCUAUUGACUGGCUGGACGCGAAUGAAGGCGUGUACGACGUUUGGCUACUAAUAGCAUAUGGUGCUACUAGCUGUGCCCUUGUACAAUAUCACACAUGGGCAAGGAGGCGAGACGGGGAUGCAAUGGGAAAACUGAGGAAGCUUAGGGACUGUGUGCGGAGGUGGGAGGCGAGCCUGAGUCCCGAUCAUAUGAGUACCAGGAGAAAGACCGCCGAAAUUAUCGGUCUCUUGUACGAAGCAACCCAAGGCGAUGAUCUUGCUGUCGGUGGUCCUCCAGUCCUCAAUCCCACGGGAGGAGUCACGGGAAAGAAAGCGCCGGAAGGACUCGACUACAAACCUGAUCCAUCUCGUCCCGGCGGUGGCGUGUUUGUCGCUAGGGACGGAUCGAACCCUAUCGCUUCGCCGUCAGCGUCUUCGACCCAAAAUGGGAUGGAGAUGAGCUCAUUUGUGACCACGUCUGCGCCCAACGACUUUGGAUCUCUAGGUAUCAACGUGAAUCCUGCCAUGAAUUAUGUGUCCAAGGGAGGCUUAAGCCAAGUGAUCAAUUCCUUGGAUAUGAGCGGGACGGUUCAGGAAAUGGCGUUGACUGAUACUGGACUACUCGAAGGAAUUCCAGGCGGGAUGUUCGAUUGGGGCCAGUGGGAUACGUUCUUUGCCAGGCUUAAUGGCUCUGGUGUGCCUGUGGAUGCGCCAGUCGUUCCCGAACCGCCCAAGUAAGAGAAGGACAUGGGGAUGAUGUUAAAUAUAAUUGUGUAUUGAUUUCCUUGUUAGCGCUAUCGUGUUUUCUCUGAGAUGAUAGACUAUCUUUAUUUGGUUGUAGCUAUACAUAUGUUGCAACGAACGUUGGCUUCGUCAAGCUAAUGUCACUUGGUUUGUCGAGUAAAGUACUAUAUUAUUCCUUUUUAGAUGACUCUUAUUAGCCAUCAGCCCUUUAGUUCUUAGCGGCCGGGGUCCAGAAGAUCUUGUGAGGUGUCAUCUUUCAUUUGAAAUUUGU